AUGGCGGAGCAAGACACGCCACCGCGUGAUGGGGGCGUUUUUGGCAAUGACGUAUUUGCCGUACCACCAGACCAAGGAUCGGUAGACGCGGGCGUCUUUUUCGGCGAGCGCGCGCGCGUAGAUCUGUGUUCACGCGCGAAAUCGGCUGCGGGUCCGCCGCGUGCAAAGCGUGCGUCGCGGCCAGCGCGCCAAGGCGCGAACCGAUCCAGUGCGCCACAGCUCCAUAGAGGCAAUGUGCCGGAUAUGAUGAGCUGGAGCAUGCAUAUUGAGGCGGUGAAUGAAGAAACGCCGCUCAUAUCCCUGCGUACGGGGCACCAGCGCAAGCGGCGAAAAGCGGUGGCGCUGCUUGUCCUCUACGCUUCUCUGUUUAUUAUGGCGCUCUCUGUAUCCCUUGACAGCAUGUCGUUUACCUUGUACCUCAACUAUGCGUGCAGCGAAUUCAACGCGCUUUCGUCUAUGGGCACGGUCAUGAUUGUCCAGCAGCUCGUUCGCGCCGUCGCAAAGCCGCCGUUUGCGCGGCUCUCUGACCUGCUUGGCCGCAUCCUCACUUUGGUGCUCGUUUUGGUGCUAUACGCACUGGGCUAUGCGGUCAUGGCGUCUGCUGCUUCGUUCAACAUGCUUCUGUGGGGCAUGAUUAUCCAGUCGUUUGGGAUGACGGGCGUGCAGGUCCUGCUCUCCAUCAUCAUUGCGGACACUACGUCUGUGCAGUGGCGCGGUCUGCUCAUUGCCACCGUCAAUGUCCCGUACCUGGUGAAUUUUGCGCUCACCGGGCCGCUCGUCGAAUUUGUUUUGCGCACCAGCGGCUGGCGCUUUGGCCUCGCACUCUGGGUCGCUGUCGUGCCCAUUUCUGCGUUGCCGCUGCUCAUCACUCUGUUCGUUGGCUACCGCCGUGCCCUGCAGAUGGGCACUGGCGAGCGCGCGCCUCCCAGCACCAAUGUGCUGCGCGAGAUGGAUUUGCUGGGCAUGGGCCUCUUUUCCAGUGCACUUACCCUCAUUCUGCUGCCCAUGUCCUUGGGCGGGCUCAAGAGCUACGAUCGGUACUGGAGCACGGGAAAUGUAGAGCUCAUCGGGGGCCUUGUUUUGCUCUGCGUAUUUGGCGUGUGGGAAACGUAUGCAUCCAGUCCUUUCCUUCCCUACAAGGCGCUCUCCAACUUUACCAUACUCGCCGUGUGCCUGAUUGCAGCGCUCGACUUUUCCGGCUUCUAUCUUUCCUGGACGUAUCUCGCGCCGUUUAUCAUGAUUCUCAAAGACUGGAAUCAGAUGCGCACCGCCUUUUUUGUCUCUGCACAAAACGUCACCUCCACGCUCACCGGGAUUCUUGUUGGGAUGGUGAUGGCAUAUACACGCCGUCUUAAACACCUCAUGGUCGUUGGGUUUGCCGUACGUAUCCUGGGCGUCGCGCUCAUGAUCCACUACCGCUCUAUGGGCCACGCCGCCAUCACCCUCGUCUUUUGCCAGAUCCUCCAAGGCAUCGGCGGCGGGUCUGUCGCAGUUACCACCCAAGUCGCAGCGCAAGUCGCAGCGCCGCCAUCCAAGGUGGCUGUCGUCACGGCAUUCGAGCUCCUCACCACCGAAGUAGGCGCAGCGUUCGGCUCCGCGCUCGCGAGCGCAGUCUUCACCUCGCUCCUUCCCCGUGCGCUGGAAAAGCAUCUGCCCUACAUGCCACACACGGAGCUCGACAGGAUUGAAGGCGAUCUUAGUGUCGUGCUGCAGUACCCGUACGGGUCCGUGGAAAGGACCGAUAUCACGCUGGCUUGGGCCGAUGUCAUGCGUGUCUUGUGCAUUGUAUCCUGCUUCGUCCAACUCCCUGGCCUGCUCAUCGCAUUCUGCGUGCCGAAUAUGGACUUGCACGACCAACAGACGGGCGCACGCCCCCAGAACGACGCACAGCCUCUCGCAAAAGCGCCGUCGCUGCGCCGCGACGCCGGUCCAGUGCAUGUACAUACACCGCCGUGGCAUGCAAACGAAAGCAGACCAGGCACGCCCGUGUCCUACGCAUAG